AUGGACUACGAGCCGCUUCUCGACAGCCUAUUGAGAGAUGUCGAGAAAGAAUGGGCACAUAUCGUUGGCGUAGGGGUGGAUGGCAGCACUCCUGAAACGCCGUUUCCAUUGCAGUUCUCGGACGAAGAAAUUCAGCAGCAGGAGCAGGAUGCCGAGUUAUGGGCCCAAGGGGUUGAACUCAUGGAUGCAUUUGUUGGCGACACUGGAUGUUUUAAACAUUGGGAUGUUAGAGCGCUUGAGGCAUUGAUUCUCGACCUCGACCACCUGCAUUUUCCAGCUCCUUUAGUCCUCCCUGAUGAUGACCUUGCUCUGGACCCUGACCAUCCCCCUCAGAGCUUCCAGGAGUGGCUGGACGAUGGGGAUCGGAACAAGAUCACACCGUCUAGGAAAACGGUGUACGUGGUCGCACCGCCUCGCAUUGGUGACGGCCUUGCUUUCUUACGCGACUGGGCCCAUCCAAAAAAAGGGCGUGCCUAUCCGAAUGCCCUCCCUGCCCAGCCAACAGAUAUCCUUGACUACGUGGCUGCGUUCUAUCGCGGCUUACCCGUCAAGCUUCUAACAAGUAACAUCCAGUUUCUUCCAUGGGAUAGUGACAAGGCAUCAUCGAAGACGGCACCAAAGUAUGUUGGUCUGGCGGUCUCCGAUGAAUGUAUUCGCAUUCGCACGCGUGCUUGUCCGGACAAAGUCUACGCUCAUCAGUUGAAUCUAGAUGAUCUGCUCGAUGCGGCCAUCAGCAUGCUGCCAGAAGAUGCCUACGCUCUCUGCAUGCUUGUCGAUCACGACCUCUACGAGGACGAUGAUGAUGUCUUCGUCUGUGGACGCGCCUACGGCGGAAGUCGCGUCGCGGUUGUCUCCAGCGCCCGCUAUCAUCCGGGCCUAGACAAGGUCCAUUCCGUUGAGCGUGACCAUGCAUGGCCAGCAUCCCAUUGUCAAGAGUACAUCAACGGCUGCUGCAACGCGGCUCCGGUUGCCAAGCGGCAGAGGACCACCCCGUCGAGGACACCUACGCCGUCUGAACGGCUAAAGGUUUCGGUAGCUGCAGCAUCGGCUGUGCCAGAUAUAGAUUCAUCUUUGGAUCUCCUCUCCGCGCUCUGGCUCUCCAGGAUGUGUCGUACUGUCAGUCAUGAGCUGGGCCAUUGCUUUGGUAUAGACCACUGCGUGUAUUAUGCGUGUUCGAUGCAGGGCAGUGCCUCGCUGGCAGAGGAUGCGCGUCAACCGCCUUAUUUGUGUCCGGUUGAUCUGGCCAAGGUCCUUUACGCGACUGGCACCACCGCUGCUGAGAGGAAUCGCGCGUUGGUUGAGUACUGCAAUCGUGCUGGAAAUAGAGGGUCGCAGCUUUUUGCAGCACUUGCUGCAUGGUGUUUGUCUUGA